AUGAUUCCCUACUACAUCCCCUCUAGAGCCCCCAAGAAAGCCUCCGACGAAAAUAUGGCGCCCAUAAUGGACAAAAAGCAACAACAGCAACAGCCGCAGCAGCCGCAGCAACAGAAUGUAGACGACUCAGCCUCCAGCAUUGGUGCCUCAAGCAUCUCCUCGGAUGGCAGCCGACGACGACGCCGCCGCAACCGCAACAAACAAGUCACUUCCAAGGGCAACUUGGGACAGCCUCCCGUCGUCCAGCGCCUAGCUGACUCCAAGCCCGUCAGGCUUCAGCUCGGGUUGAACCUUGACGUCGACCUGGAGCUGAAGGCGAGGUUGCAAGGCGACGUCUGCCUCACACUGCUCGAGGGAUGA